CCUUUCCGCUGCGGGUUCACAAGGCGACUUAGGACGACUCGCCGCAACAAUCCCCACGUGUUUCACCGACAAAAGUAGACUUUUCGGCCACCCCCAGGAUGAUUGCUGUGCUGUUGGCCCUGGUCAUUGCGCUGCCGCUGCUGCUGGGCUUGGCGGCGGCGGUGCUGGGGUGGCUGCUGUGGCGGCAGUGCCGACGCACACGAACCCUGGCAGGCAGCGUGCGACCCCCGGGGGCGGGGCCCCAGACCACCCUGCUGGUCACGGAUAUUAUGAACUCUACGGUGUUGUGGGAGGAGGUGGCGGCCUUCUCAAUGGACAAGGCGAUCCGGCUCCACCACGCCUGCCUGCGCAAACUGCUGCGGCCGUACAACGGCUACGAGAGCGCCACCGAGGGCGACUGCUUCAUCCUCGCCUUCUGGUCACCGGCGGACGCGGCCCGAUACGCGCUGGCGGCGCAGCAGGAGCUGCUGGACCAGUCCUGGCCGCCCGAGCUGCUGGAGCACCCAGACGGCUGCGAGGUGUGGGUGAGCUGCCCGCCCGCGCGCCACAACCCGUUCGAGGCCCACCACAAGGACCGCGAGCGGCAGGAGCGGCUGGACCGGGCGGCGGAGGACCGGGCGGCGGCUGUAGCAGCGGCGGCAGUGGCGGCAGCUGUAGCAGCUACAGCCGGCGGCGGCGGCGGCGAGAUGGGGCUGGGAGGGGACCGGGACCCCAGCUCGCACCGUGGCGGCGCCGGCGGGCGCGACAGCAGUUACCACAGCUACGGCGGCGGCGGCGGCGGCGGUCGUACAGGCGGCGGCGGCGGCGCGUACGGCAGCGGCGGUUACGGCGCUGUUUACGGCGGUUAUGUUGGCGGUUACGGUAACGAUACGGACGGCAGCGUCCAGGCUGGAUCCAUUGGCGGUGGCGGAGGCGAGGGGUCUCAUCGGCCGCUGAUGCAGAGGCUUGGGUCCCUACACCGGCGCAUGUCACGCCUAACGCUCAACAUUGGCGGCGGCGGCGGCGGCGGCGGCGGCGGGACACACAGCAGUUCGCGCGGCGGCGGCGGCGGGGUUGGCGGCGGCAUGCCAUCUUCACCCACAACCGCCGCCGCCGUCGCUGCAGCCUUUCCACCCCUGCUGGCGGCGCCGCCGCCCGCCGCCGCCAGCAGUAGGCAUGGGGACGGCAGCGUCGGCCGUGGCGGCGGCGGCGGCGGCGGCGGCGGCGGCGGCCACUCCGUCGGCGUGUCGGCGGCCUCGCGUGCUGACAGUCCUGUGCCGGCGGCGCCGCCACUGCCUUCAUUGCCGAUCCCCAUACCAGAGUAUUCGAGCAGCCCCAACGCCAGAUCCUUGGGGCAGCUCAAACCCAGCGUCAACAAUAGCGGGCUUGCAGCGGCGGUGGCGGCGGGGCGUGGCGGCGGCGGUGCCGCCGCUAGCAGCCCUGCUUCCCACGGCUUCGCCGCCGCCGCCAGCAGCUUUGCCGGCAGCUUCGGCGGCGGCGGCGGCGGCGGCGGCCUGACGCCGCGAGCGGUCAUCAGUGCAAUGGCAUCGAGUUGGCGGCUGCAGUCGCGUCGCGGCGGCGGCGGCGGCGGCGUUAUGCACGGCAGUGGCGGCGCCGCCGCCAAGGACGACAGUGCCGUGCAGCUGGUACAGCGCGAGCGUUUCUCGGUCAGUGGCGUGCCCGCCGCCGCCACGUACCGCACGACGUACUGUGGCGGCGGCGGGGGUGGCGGUGCCGGCGCCGUUGGUGGCGGCGGCGGGAGCCCAGCCACCUUGGGGCCCGGCGCCAGCGGCGGCGGCGGCAACAGGAAGAGUCCGACUUCUCAGUCUUGGAUUCACCAACACCAGAGCCACCAACACCAACACCUGCAGAGCCACCAACAAGAACACAGUGACAGCAGCAGCCUGCAGCAGCGCACGCGAGCCGGCGGCGGCGGCGGCGGCGCCGGCGGCGGCGGCGGCGGCGGCGGCGGCGGGCCGCGGCGCGCGCGGCAGGGAUCCAUCUGCCUUGCCUACUCAGGCAGCACCUUUUUACUGCCGAUGAGUCUCAUGAUCCCGGAACCGCCGCGGUACGGCAGCGACCAUGACGGCGGGGGGUCCGCCGCUGCCGGCCGCGAUGGGGCAGCAGCAGCAGCUGCUGCAUCGGACAACGACGACACAGAUUACGGAGGCAACACCACAAAUGACGAUGAGCGGCCCAGCCCCGCGACGGAAACGGAUUAUGAGGGCGAAUGGCCUGCAGCCGGGUCCCCGGUCUGGCGCGAGGCAGCUCCCACGACCUCCCUUGGCCCGCCGUCGGCCAGCAUUGAUGCGCCGCCCUAUUAUGCCGGCAGGGCCGCUACUCCCCCUCCACUAGCAGCAGCAGAAGCAGAAGCAGUAGCAGCAGCAGCUGGUGGCGGCGGCGGCAGCAGCAGCGGACCCGGUGUUGCUACGGCAGCGGGCGGCACAACGGGUCCCAGCACAGCUGCAGCGGCGGCGGCGGCGGCUGUUUUGGCGCCGGCGGCACUGGCGGAAAGGCCGUUCCUUGAGUUGCCGCCGCCGCCGCUGACAUUUCCAUCAGUGGAGGAGCUCCGCGCAAUGCGGCAGCGACACCGCAGCAGACACUUCAGCAACGGCAGUGCUGCGGCAUCGAUUGCGGCAGCAGAACAGGCACGGCGGGAAGCAGCAGCAGUGCCCGGUGGCGUUUACCGUAGCAACCACUCCGAACCGUUACCGUUAUUGACGGCGGUUGGCGUGCAGGCCGUUGGCCCCAACGACCGACGGUUGCUGUCGGUUGACGGCGGCGGCGUGGCUGCUGCGGCGGCCAAUGUUGAUGGCGGCGGCGGCGGCGGUGGCGGCGCUCUACGGUUUGGGCUGUACGCCACUAGCAGCUCGCGGCAGGGGCUGCAGCAGUCUCUGUCCCGGGACUGCUGGCCGCGCGCCGCCGUGCCGCACGCGCCGCCGCUGGCGGCGGCGGCGGCGCCGCCGGGAGCCCUGCCGGGGCCGCUGGGGGGGCAGCUGGGGCCGGGGGGCCUGCUCGGCGGUCCAUUGCGGCAGUGGGCGGGAGGAGGCGUGUCGUCCGCAGCAGCAGGCGGCACGCUGCAGGGGGGCAGCAGCAGUACGGCAGGCACCCGAGCGAAACCUCCACACGGCAGCAGCAGCAACAGCAGCAGUAGCGGCAGCAGCCGCAAUCGCCGCCGGCGGUCGCCGCUGCUGCUACUGCCGCCGCCGCCAGGCCUGGCCGUGCUCUUAGACGAGGCGGGCGUUGUGGUUGGUGGCGGCGGCGGCGGCGGUGGCAGCAGGCAGCGGCGGCGGCGCAACUUUGGAGCCGGUGGCGGCGACCAUCUCGGAUCCGGAUCCGAAUCUGAUUCCGCAGAUUUUGCUCAGAUUGGGUCCGGUUUUUCCGGAUCCGACGAGCCCGCAUCCCCCAGGCCAACCGCCCGCGUUGUCCCGGCGUCACGGCUGCAGCAGCAGCAGCAGCAGCCCAUGCUACUGCCGUCGCCGUCUUCCGCCGCCAUUGACGUGCCAUCGGCGGGCGCCGCCGCCUCCAGCCGCCGGCGGCUGUCGGUUAGUGAUGACGUGGGGGAUGUGGGUCAUGCCGGAGCAGGAGGAGCCUUUGGUGAACUACCGAUGGUGGGUGCAGCAGAUGGCGGCGGCGCCGGCGGCGGCGGCGGCGGAGGCGGCGGCGGUGGCGGCGGCGGCGCUGACGUAGGCAGCGGCGCCGUGGCAAUGGCGCCGCCGCUGCCGCCGUCGCUCAUGUUGCCCUCAUCAGCACUGGGCGGAGGCGGAGGCGCGGCAACCGCUGCUGGUACUGCGGGAUCGGCUGCGGGACCUGCGGCGGAUACGGGGCUCGCAGCGGCAGAUGCGGCGGCGGCGGCGGCGGCGGCGGCGGGGCAGCAGCAGGUAACGGCGGCGGCAGGGACGCUGGCGCUGACGCCGCCGACGCCGCUAACGGUGCUCGGGGAGGCCCUGGCGAGCGGCGCCAACUCGCUUCAGGGCAGCCGCCACGGCAGCCGCAACAACAGCGGGCGAUGGGUCAACGCCACCGGCGCCGCCAGUGGUCCCGCUGGCGGCGCCCACCAGAGCCCCCUCAGUCAGAAUGGCGGGGGCGGCGGCGGAGGCGGUGUGGCAUCCGGUAGCAACACAGCCAGUGGGGUGCAACAGCAGCAGCAGGCGACGGCAGAUCUACCACAGCCGCCGUCGCCGCUUUGGUGCGUGCCCGCUGGCGGCGCAGGCAGCAGUAGCAAUCAUGCUCGGCGCCAGCAUCUGCGUAACGCGCACCUAAAGAACGUCCUUCACGCCGCCAUUGGCAGUGGCAGUAGCUUCACGUCGGCAGGCAGCAGCAGCCGGCCCGCCAGUAGCUGCAACAGCGGUGUCGCCGGCGGCGUCAUGUUACAUGGCGGCGGCGCAGACGGCGGCGGCGGCGGCGGCGGCGGCGGCCGGCGCAGCGGCAGCGGGCUGCUUAGUCAGGCACUACAGCAGCUGCACAUUAACGCCAGCGGCGGCGGCGGCGGCGGCGCCAUGCUACUGCCGGGCAGUGGCCAGAGCGCGGCCUCUGCUACUGCCGGCAUCAGUGCAUCUGCUACAGCCUGCCUGGUGGGAAGCCACAGCGGGACGGGGGGCGACUUUGGGAAUGCGUGCCGCGCGUCAUUCGCAGACGCGCUACUGCCGGACUCACCACCAUCGCCGCCUCCCUCGCCGCCGCCGCCGCCGCCGCCCGCUGCUACAGCCGCUGCAGCGGCCACUGCAGCUUCCAUCCCGGCUGCACUUCAGGAUUUGGAUUUCGAACAGCCACGCAGCUCACGAUCCAACGUGCCCGCGGUCCAGUUUCAGAUCCACCAUGUCCCAAGCCCGCAGCUGCAACAUCAGCAUCAGAUGUCGCCUCUCAGGCCCGCUGCUACUGCCGCUGCCGCCUCCUCCGGAGCCCCGACGGCAGCGGCGGCGGCGCCCAAGCAGCUACAGCCGCCCUCGCCGCCGCACCUGGCCCGCUCGGGCCCGCUUCCUCCGCCGCUGGCAGUAGCAGCCUCGCCAGCAGCAGGGCAGCCGCGGGCUCGCAUGUCCAUGGAUGACGCGCGACAGCUACAGCCGCCGCCAGGGACGACGGCUUCGACGGCUGUAGCACGAAACAGAACCAGCAGCCAGCAGAGUGACUUGAUGCGGCAGCUCAGCAACACCUUACUAAUCAAACGGCUGUCGUUUGCCGGCGGCGGCGGCGGCGGUGGUAGCGGCGGCGGCGGCAGUGGCGGCGACGGCGGCGGAAGAGAGAUUGGCGGUGGUGCGGGUCUCUUUUGGACCACGCCACCCUCUCCUAUCGACAACGAUCGCCUCCUGCCACAGCCGCAGCCGCUGCUACAGCUACAGCUACAGCUACAGCCUCACUCACCAUUGCAGCCCGCCGCGAUGACGGCGCCACUGCUCCAACCUCCCGCAGUAGCAGCCGCGGCGGCUGCCAACGGUCCCGCGCUGACGGCCGAAGCUGGCGUCGCCGGUAACGUUGAUGCUACAGCCGCCGUGGCCGCGGGUACUGAAGGCGAACUUUCUUGCAUGGCAGUAGCAACAGAGGGGAGCGGCGGGAGCCGCUCGCCGUCGGAGAGCGGUGACAGCGGGCGGGGGCGGCUGCAGCAGCAGCUACAGCCAUCGGGCUCGGGCAGCACCAAACGCCGGCGGGCAGCAGACCUGCUAGCCGGCGUUUCGGUGACGACGGCAGCAGAGGCGGCAGUAGCAGACAGCAGCAGCGCUGCUGCCAGCGGCGGCGGCAGGAGCAGGGGCCAGCCGGCAGCAGGGGACAAUGCUACUGCCGCAGUGCUGGCGGCCGCUGGCGGCGGCACCGAGACAAUCGACUCCCCGCCCAGUCUUCACCUGCCCAUCAUCAUACACACGUACGCAGCAGCGGAGGCUGUAGCAGAAGCACCACAUCAGCUACAGCCGACGGCGGCUGUAGCACCGGCGGGUGGCGGCGGCCCGACGGAGGAUCGGAGCAGCCUCCACGUAGACGUGUCAGUCCGUGGCGGUAACGCCAACAACAGCCGUGACCUAGCCAUCCCCCCCGUGACCGUGGCUGUAGCUGCGGCCGUGACUGGGGCCGGGGCUGGCGGCGGCGGCGGCGGGGGCUCGUCCGCGCCCUUGCCCGUGCCGGUGGCGGGCGCUGCUGCUACUGCCAGACCGCGGCGGCUGGCAGCAGCAGGAACGCUUGCUGCAGCAGCCCUGGAGGGUGGCGGCGGCGGCGGCGGCGGCAUUGGCAGUAGCAGCAGGGGUGGGGCGGCGGUAGCAGCAGCUGCUGGGGCGGCAGUAGCAGUAGGAAGCGCAGGAGCGGGCGUGGGAGCCGGCAGAGGAGGAGCGGUGAUGUUGGAAGCGGCAGGCAUGGUGGGGUUGCCACCAUCCCAAGCUGCACUAGCUGCGCAACAGCAGCAGCAGCAGCAGCAGCAGCAGCAGCUGUUGCGAGCUGGCACACUGUCGGCGGGGGCCGGCCAAUUGGGGCGCAUGCUUGCUCAUUUAGGCAACGGCAGCUCCGGACACGUGACAGUGGGGGCGGCGGCCGAGGCUGUAGCAGGGGGAGGAGGGGCUGCUGGACAGCUGAUGCAGCAGCUACAGCCGCCACCGCCGCCGGAAGAGUGCCGCCCGCUCACUUGGCGGGAGCAACUCCGAGAUCUGUUUCCCGUGAUCAAUCCCAACGGCUCGGCGUUUAACAUGUCCAACCGCGGCAGCAGUCAUGCCGUGCAUGACGGUUACGGUUUCGGCGGCGGUUUCGGAGGCGGAGGUGGCGGCGCGCAUGGCAGUGUGUACGGGAGCGUGUACGGCGGCUUGGCGGCGGUUGCUGCAGCCGCAACCGCGGCGGCGGCUGCCGUCGGCGGCGCCACAACAGGUGGCGGGCAGGCCGUGUACGGCACACACCUAAUGUACAGCAACCCAACCGCCGCCACCAACGUCGCUGGCGACGCGUCUGGGCGCGGCGGCGGCGGUUACGGCGGCGGUUAUGGCGGUGACGUGUCGGUUGGCGGCGCCGGGGGACUGUACGGCGCCAGUCGCCGCGGCGGGCGCAGCUCGCGUUACAACGGCUCGGGGCCCGCGCUGGUGUUCCGCGGGUUGCGUGUGCGCAUGGGCCUCCACACGGGCAUCUCCAAUCCAGCCGACUGCUGCUUCAACCCCACCACCGGCGCCGUGGCGUACACGGGCGCGCCGCUCAAGAUCGCCAAAGCGGUGUCGGACGCGGCCGCGGGCGCCAUGGUGCUGGCCUCGGAACGGACGCUGCACCAGCUGUUGCCGCUGAUGCCGCUGCUGGACUCGCGGCCCCCCAUGGCGCUCUACUGCGGAGAAGUGGAGCUGGAGGGGCUGCUGCUGCCGCCGCCGCCGCCGGCGGCUGUAGCUUCUGCUGUUGCUGCGGAUGCGCUCGAUGCUACUGCCGUUGCUGGCUACAGGGGCGGAGGCGGUGGCGGCACAAUGCUGCUGGCGCCGCCGCCGCCGCUGCAGCCGCCGGGCUAUGCCGUCUCUCAUUACGUAAUGUCGGCGGCGGCGGCGGCGGACGUGUCGGCACACUCGAGCAAGGCAUCCAUUUACCCCGCUCGCCUGCUGCUGGAGGCGCCGAGUGGAGACCCCGCGGCGGCAUCAGCGGCCGGGGGCCCCGCUGGCUUUGGCUUCGGAGCAGCCGCCGCCGCCGCCACCGCCGCCGGCGACGAGAGCGUCCGCAGCGGCCCUGCCUCCCCCACAUCAGCGGGCGCGCUGUUCAUGCCGCCUGCAGCUUUAACUGGUGCCAGUGGCGGUGGCGGUGCGCGAGGCCACUACGGUGCGGCGGCGGUGUCACCGUUGCCGUCAGCGGCGGCGGCGGCGGCGGCGGCGGCGGCUGGCCUGCUGCGGCGCGGCGUGGCUCUGUACGCGUUGGUGGGCUACCGGCUGCGUCCGCGCAUCCCGCACUGGGCGCCGCUGCGGGGCGUCAACUUCCUGCAGCUGGGCAACGUGGACGCGCCCGUGGGUCGCAGCGUGGCCAUCACCUUCCUCACAGUGCCGGCGGCGCAGGCGCUGCUUACAGACCUGGAGGAGGUCGGUGCGCGGGCGCUGGAGCUGCUGCGAGCCACCGCGGUGGCCCUGUGCGCGCGGCGUGGCGGCUACCUGAUAGAGGCAGCCGAAGGGCUGGUGCUCGCGGCCUUUCAUGACCCAGCCGCAGCCGCCGCCUGGGCGCUGGACAGCCUCGAGGCCCUUCAGCGACUGGACUGGGCGCCGCCGGUGCUCAGCCACCCGCAGGGCCGGGAGGUGUACGGCGGCAGCAGUAACGGUUUCGGUUUCGGUGUUGGUUUUGGAAUCGGGGUCGGGGGCGGCUGGGGUACGGUAGCAGCAGAGUACGGCGGCGGACCAGACCUGACGUCUGUCAGCCACCAGCGCCCCCAUUCCCAGCAUCCCCACGGCUCGGCAUCACCGCCGCCGUCACAGCCGCCACCGCCGCCGCAGCCGCCGCAGCAGCAGUUGCUGCUGCUGCACCGCGGGCCGCGUGUGCGUGCGGGCAUACACGUGGGCGAGGUGACGUGUGACGUACACUCCAGCACCGGCCGCCUGUCGUACAGGGGCCGUGUGAUGAACCGGGCGGCUCGCAUCGCCUACAAGGCCGGCGACUCCCAGGUGCUGUGCAGUCGCGAGGCCUGGGGCCUGGUGCGGCGCACUCUGCCGCCCGCGGCCACUCACGAGGUGGCGGCGGCGGCGGCGGCGGCAGGUGUGCAGCAGCAGCAGCAGCAGCAGCAGCCGGCAGCGGCGUUGCAGCCGCGACACAUGAGCGCGAGCGGUGCUGGAGGCGGCGGCGGCGCGGGCUGGGCCGCGGGCGGCAUGCGCUCCCUGCUGAGCUCCAUCCGCGGCAACGACACCGCUGGCGGCGGCGGCGGCGGAGAGCUGGCGGCUUCAAAUGACGCCGGUGGUCUCAUGGACCUGGCGACGGCAGUAGGUGGGACCGGCAGUAGCUGCGGCGACUUCCGUCGCCCCUCAUCAUCGCAAGCGCCGAACGUUCCCUCGCCGCACCCGCCGACGUCGCCUGCGGCCUCGUUCCUCUCCUCCUCAACGACCCCCAUGCCUGCAUCCGGUGUGGGGCACUUCGCGCCCAGCCACCACACCCACGCUCACGCCCACAGCCACAGCCACAGCCCCUUCGGCGGCCACAGCUACCCCCCGCCCGCCUCCCACCACCACCAACCGCACCAGCAGCAACCCAUGCAGCACCAGCACCAGCAGCACUCGCCAACGCUGCCUCAGCUACCGGAGGCGGAGGCGGCUGUAGCCGCCGCUGCUGUCAUCCCAGCGGCAGGCGGCGGCAGUAGCACGUACGCCACCGCAACGGCGGGCGCGGGGUUGCUACAGCUACUACAGCCGCCGCCCGCUCGGCGCUCGCCCUCGCAGGUCUCUCCGGUCUCCCAGACCAUGACUCUGUCUGCUGCCCUGUACAACGCUGCCGUACAAACAGCCGCCGCCGGCGGCGGCGGCGGCGGCGGCGGGGGCUCGUGGUCAACCGCCCCAGCAGCAGCAGCAGUAGGGGCGGCGGCGGCUGGCGGAGGAGCAGGAGGAGGAGGCGGCGGAACUGGCAGCGGUGCCAGUAGGCUGCUUCGGGCGGCGCCGGCGGCGCUGCCGUACGAUCAGGGGCCGGCAGUAGCAGUGCCGCCGCCGCCGGGGCAGCAGCUGGCGGAGGCGCGCGCAAGCGGCGGCGCCGGCGGCGGCGGCGGCGCCGUGGCGGCCGUCUGGUCCUCACCUUUGCUCAUCAGGCAGCGCACCGACGGCAGUAGCAACAGCGGAAUCCUGCCGACAGCUGUAGCAGCCCAAACGGAGCUGACAGCCGUCGGCGCGGCAUCAACAGCCGCGGCGGCGGCGGCAGCGGCCGCCGCGGCGACGGCGGCGGCGGUGCUGUAUCGACGUAGCAGCGACGGGCUCAGCUCUCUACGCACCAGCCGCACCAGUGGCCCUGACGGCGCGACCAUUGGCGGCGGCGGCAGCCGCGGCGGCGGUAGCCGUGGCGGCAGUCGCGGCGGCAGCCGUGGCGGCGGCAGCCGCAUGUUUGCCUACGAGAGCCUCGAGGCCCUUCAGCACCAGACGCAGAGUGGCCACUGCAGCGAGAACGGUACGGGGCCAAUGACCGGAGUUGGCGGUUAUGGCAUCGGCGGCGGCGCAAAGGCAGCGGGCGGCAGCGGACGGGGCUUGCACGUGGGCGGCGGCGGCGAGGACGCGGCUGCGGCAGGCGCCGCCGGUACGAGCGGGCGGCUCUCGCCGUCGCAACAGUAUCAGUCGAAAGGCCUCGGUGCGGCCUUUGGGCAUCUGCAGCACCCUUUGAUCGCCUUCUCGCACCCGCAUCACUACCACCUUUCUGAAGAGGAGGACGAGGAGGAGGGAAGCGGAGCGCAGGCUAGCGAACCUUCGCCGAGUCGAAAGGAGCGACAGCUACAGCCAUCGGCAGCAGCUGGCGGGCAGCGUGGCGAGGGGCGGCAGCCCCGCAGCCCUGGCAGUAGCAGCAGUAGCAGCAGCAGCGGGGAGGCGGAGGGCGCGCAACCGCACUCCACGGGCGGGAGAGUGCUGCUGGCAUGCAGUCUCGGGCUUGCCUCGCUGAAGGGAAUCGCCGAACCCAUCGAGUUGAUGGAGCUCAGGUGGUCGGCGAAAAUGGUCAGGGCGCGAACUUGAUCUCAAAGAAAUGGGAAGCAGAUAGCAACGCCAGUGGAGUGAAACGUUUGAUUGGGCGGGAGCGCACAACUUAGCUGGGAAUGCAAACGCUGUGAAGACAGAACUUGCGCGGCGGCUGCAGCAUGUCCGUGAAAGUAAGGCCUUCUUGUGGGGUUUGCGGAGUUCGUGCAUUGUAGGCUAUAGUAAAUACGGGUUACUACUGCAUGCCGGACCCAUGCACCUGAAACAGCGUGCCGUUGCAUGUCCCACACACAUACACACGCAAUCCUGUCACAUGCUCUCAUCAAACAAUAAGGGAAAUCGCAGUCGCUGCUGCUGAUGCUAUCUGUAGGCUGCCUCCGUACGUACUGCCGGGCCUUGCCGGGCAGACAAGUGCAAGCGGGCAAAUGAACUGAUUACUGAUUGCGUCAGUUGUUCGAAUGGGGGCUGGUUUGUUUGGCCGGUUGCCGUUGGCAUGAGCUACGUAGCUGCAGGAGAUACUUGAUAAUAGAGGUAGCUGACAGAGUUAUAAACUCAGCAAAAGAAUUAGAAGAGUCAGUAGGAUCUAGGGCCAGGGGCGAAAGGAUUCGGCACAAGCUGACUGGAUGCCUGGGACCGGAGUAAGCUCCAUGGGUGUGCUCCGUGGGCCCAAUCAAAUAGGCCUGCAGCACACCUGCACCUCCUGCAUCGUGCCGACGGCGCUCCCUGUUUCGGUCGCCUAACCGGUUCCAAUCAGGAGAGCCCCUGGUUGCCGUUCUCCAUGUAAGGAUUUGUGAUU